AUGGCCUGCUCCGAGUCGCACUCGCUCAUUCGCGCCAUCGAGGCCGCCUGCGCCGCGUCCCCUGCCGGCGCGGACCUUUUGGUGACGGCGUUUGUGCUCUCGCUGCAGUCAUACCGCCGCCCGUCAGUGUGUCGGCCCUUCCCCUCGUCGCUCUUCACGUUGCCCGGCCCGCUCCCCGACAAGGACUUCCCCGCCGCGCUGCGCUGCUGCGCGCUGCUGCCGCCCAUCGCCGCCAUCGCCAAUUCUUCCCGCGCCCCCCCACCGUGCUGCCAGCCCCAUGCCACGCACGCCCCCGCUGCUCAUGCACCCUGUGCUGCCCGGGAUGCUUCCCGUGCUGCUGCGUGUCCGUGCGCCUGCACACCUCCGCCCUGUGUGCGUGCAUGUGGGUGCUCGCCAGCAGCAGCAGCGCCCCCAUGGCACAGCAGCAUGCCCGUGCCUGCCCUCCGCCUGCUGGCAUGGGUCCUCUCGCCCCUCAUGCCCUCCCCGCCCUCACUCGCCGCCGCUCCAGGCGCGAAUACACCCACUCUCCACCAUGCCGUCUCCCAGGACAAGCAGCAGCAGCAGCAGGAUGGGCGUGCAGGGCAGCAGGGGGGUAGGCAGCUGGGGCGGUUGCAUGUGGUGCAGGUGGGGGAUGUGCAGGGCACGUUGGCCAAGGUGCUGACGUCAUGGCAGAUGGGCAUGCUGACAUCAUCGCCAGCUGCAGCUGGGGGGCGCAAUGUGUUGCCACAGUGCUUGGUGGAGCUCGUGGGAUCGUCGCCACCCACUGCCACUGCACAUGGCCCGGUAGGGGCCACGGGUGCUGGAGGCAUGGGAGGGGGCAGUGGCAGCAGCAGCGGCAAUGGCAGUGGGGAUGGGUUUGAGGCGAUGGCGAGGGCGCAUGGAAGCAUCAUGGCGUUCCACGGCACCCCAUCGGAGAACAUGCAUGGCAUCCUGCGCUGUGGGCUGUUGAACCUGUCGCGCACGGCACUGCAGCGCAAUGGCAGCAUGCACGGGGAGGGCAUCUACCUCUCCACCGACCCCACCGUCGCCUUCACCUUCUCACAGACCGCCGACGCCACUCACGCACUCCCCUCCCUUGCCCCGCCUUCUCUUCCCCCCUCAUCAAGCACCGGGCCGCUCUCCUCUGCCCUGGGUGGGUGGCAGUGGUCUGAGCUGGGUGCGGCACCGCGCUUUGUGCUGCUGUGUGAAGUCAUCACAGGCCAUGGCGUCAGAUUCUCCGCCCCCUCACCUGUUGCUCCUGCUUGUGGGAAGGUGGAAUCACAGCAAGGCGCAGAGAAGCAGGCUGUAGGAGAGAGGCAGCAGCAGCAGCUGGGCACAUACGUGGUGGUGGAGAACCCUUGCAUGCUGCGCAUCCGCUACAUCAUGGUCUACACCACUGCCCCUGCUGCCACCCCUCCACUGCACCCCUCACCGCCCUUAGUUGCCGGGUCACCUGUGCAACACACUGUUCCGGCAUCAGCAUCAGCAGCAGCAGCAGCAGCGUUGCCAUCACCAAGUGUCUCUCCUGGCUCCUCGUCAGUUCCAUCAGUCCAUGCAGGCUCACCCGCCUCAGUGUUAGAUACUGCUGCUGCCUCCUCCACUCCUCAGCCGUCCUCCCUCCCCUGCACUCAGCAUCGCUUGCUAGAUAAACCCUCCUGUGCCGCGCACCUGGCUUCCUUGCCAGCUGCCACUGCUGCGUCUGGUGAAGCAGCAUGUGUGCUGGACUCACGAGAGCGGGGCAGGGCGGAAUGCGGAGGGCAGAGCUGUGGAGCGUGUGAGAGUGUGGUGUGUGGUGGCACGGGGAUAGGCACACGUGCCAUGGAAAGCCAGUCAGCAGCGCAGUGCUCUGGAAUGCCAAGGGAUGCAGGCACAGCAACAGGUGGGGCCGCAGGACCAGCUAGUGUGCUGAGGGAAGGCGUUUCGGCAUUAAGUGAGCUGGAGGAGUUUCGCAAGAAGCAGCAGCAGAAGCAGCAACAUCAGCAGCAGCACGAUCCGGCGGCCAAACCCGACGCAGUGGUCGACGUGUCCAGGGCGAGCGACGGAGCCCCCCUCGAUCCAUCGGACUCUGCUUCCGCAGCCAAUGCUGCCGCAUCUUCCGCAUCCGCAUCGCCAGCCAUGGACGUCCCGCCAUCUCUCGCGCCCGUGUCCGUCGAUUUUGCGCCAUCGGACGGCGAGGACGCGGCGGGCGACGGCGACUUCCAGACGCCCACGGGGUCGCCGUCCAGCGUGCGCAGCGGCGGCAGCAGCGGGCAGCGCACGGCGGCGCUGGUGGCGCGCAGCCGCGCGUUCGUGAGCAUGGCGCAGGGCUUCAUCGCGCAGGCGGCGUUGGACAAGCCACAGAGGGACGCGCUAGAGGCGAAGCUGCAGGAGCUCAGGCACCACGCCGCCGAGCACCACGUGCCGCCCGCCAACGACGACGCCUCCCAGUCACUCUUUCCAGAUGCUGACGUGGCAAGCCUUCAGGCGCGGCUGCAGGAGGCAGAGGCGGAGGCGCAGCGUAUCAAGGCGGAGGCGGAGGCGGCGAAGGCAGCGGUGGGGGAGGCGCGCGCGGAGCAGAGCAAGGCGGAGGAGCGGGUGGGGGUGCUGCGGGAGAAGCUUCAGAUGGCGAUCAAGCGCGGCAAGGAGGCGGUGCAGCAGCGCGACUCGCUGCGCGAGGCCGUGGCGGGCAAGGAGCAGGCGCUGCAGGCGGCGGGCGGCGAGCUGGCGGCGGAGAAGGCGGCACACGCGGAGACGCGGGAGCGGCUGGCGCGGAUGGAGGAGGAGCUGGCGGUGCGCAUGGUGCGCGUGCAGCAGGAAAUGAUGGGCGAGAUCGACGCCGCGGAGCGCAGGCGCGUGGCGGAGCAGGCGGCGCUGCGCGAGGAGCUGAGUGGCGCGGAGAGGCGCGCCAAGGAGGCGGAGCAGAAGGCGCGCGAGGUGGGGAAGAAGCUGGCGGCGUCGGAGAUCAAGGGGCUGUCGCUCGAGGGCGACGCCAGCAAGGCCAAGACGCGCGCGGACGCUGCUGUGCGCCGGGAGAAGGAGGCGGAGGGAAAGCUGGCUGUUGCCUUGGAGGAGCGCCGGGAGUUGGAGGCGCGGUUGGCAGCAGCGGAGGCGGCAGUGCGGCAGUCAGCGCAGCAGGGCGAGGAGGUGCGCGAGCGCCUGGCGUCCCUGCAGGCGCACAUGCGCCCGCACCUCGCUGCGCUCUCCGCCAACCUCGCCUCCGCCCUCGCCGCUGCCACGGCGGCUGCUGGCGGCAGCAAGGACGCAGGCAGCAACGGCGCGGAGAGCGAGGGGGAGGGCGAGGGCGCGGUGGGGACGUGGGGCGGCAUGGAGGCAUGGGUGGACGACCGCAUGGAAGGGCUGCUGGAUGCAGCAGAGCGGGUGUCCGCGCAGGUGGCGCGGGGCGCGGGCGCGCGCGAGCAGGAGGUGCAGGAGCUGCGCGCGGAGGUGAGUCGCGCGGAGAAGGAGAAGGGCGAGGCGCGGGAGCGGCUGAGCAAGGCGAUGACGAUGGGGAAGAAGAUGGAGAAGCAGAGAGACGAGCUUAAGACCAAGCUCAAGGACGCUCAGACGCAGCUCCUGCACCUCAGCGAGGGGCACUCAGGCACGGAGGGCCAGGAGGAGGCGGCGCAGCAGGUGAGGCGCGCGGAAGAGCAGGUGGUGGCGCUGACAGCAGCGGUGGCGAAGGCGCAGGGGGAGGCGCAGCAGGCGAAGGGAGAGGAGGAGCGCGCGCGGGAGGAGCUGGAGCGCGCUCAGGCGGCGAUGGCGGAGGUACAGGGCGAGGCGGAAAGGGUGAGGCGCGAGUUGGAGGAGGCUGUGAGGCGCGCGGAGGAGCAGAGCGCGGAGUGGCAGGGCAAGGCGCAGGCAGGGCAGGCGCAGGCGGAUGCGCUGGCGAAGGAGGUGGAGGGGAUGCGCGCGGAGAUGGGGAGGGCGGCGGAGGAGUGGAGUGAGCGAGUGCGUGUGCUGGAGUGCGAGGUGGGCGAGCUGCAGGCGCAGGUGCAUGCUGCACGCGGGGAGGUGGAGGAGGCAAGGCAAGCAGCAGAGGAGCAUGCUAGAGCUGUGCAGGCGAAGGUGGAGGAGAUGGCUGCGGUGGAGCAAGAGGUGCAGCAGUUGCGAGAACAAGUGCAGGCAGGGCGAGACGAUGCAGAGAAGCAGAGAGAGGAGGCGGCGGCUUUGGCGGAGCGAGCGGUUGCUUCAGAGGCCCGCGCAGAGGCUCUGGCGGAGGAGGGUGGGGCUGCCAAGGCCAGGGGUGACGCCCUGGAGGUAGACUUGGCGGAGCUGCGCGCACAGGUGGUGGAGGCGCGGGCGGCCGCGGAGAGUGCGCGAGGAGAGGUGCAGGCACUCCAGAGGGAGGCGGAGGGCGUGCAGGCGCGAGUGGACGAGGGCGAGCGGGACCGCGAGCAGCUGAGGGUUGUGGGCGAGGCAGAGGCGGCGGCGAGGGGGGCAGCGGAGGAGAAGGUGAGGAACCUGGAGGCGGAGGUGGCACGGCUGGUGGAGGAGGGGCGGGGGAGAGAGCAGGCGGUGGAGGAGGCAGUGCAGGCGCGGGAGAGAGCAGAGGGCGCGGUGGAGGCGGAGAGGGAGGCACGGCAGGAGGAGGUGGCACACAAGGAGAGGCAGUUGGUGGAGGAGCAGGGCGUGGCUGCACAGCUGAGAGCUGCACUGGCGGAGUCCGAGGCACGGUUAGCGGAGAUGGAGGCGCAGGUGGCGCGACUGCAGGCAGAGGCGGAGCAGCAUGCAGCGGAGGCGCAGGCAGCAGGCAGCGGGCAGGAGGAAGCGGCUGGGCGGGUGGCAGCGCUGCAGGCGGAGGUGAAGGAGACAGCAGAUGCCCUGGAGGCGAUGAGCGCUCUCAAGGCAGCAGCAGACACGGCACUCAGUGAAGCAGUUGCUGAGGUAGAGGCUGCUAGGGAGCAGCAUAGGGAGGCGCUGGGCGCAGUGGAGGCUGAGCGGGAGGAGGCGAAGGCGAGGGUAGUGGCGCUGGAGCAGGAGGUGGAGAGUGUGAGGCAGCAGGUGGGUGAUGCACAGCAGGCUGCUGCUGCCACGGUUGCUGAGAGGGACGCGGCGAGGCGGGAGGCGGAGGGAUUGAGGGAGGACGUGGAGCGGGCGAAGGCGACGGUGGAAGAGAGUGCGGCGGAAAGGGCGCGCGAGGUGCGGGCAAUGACGGAUAAGGCUGCUGAGGAGGAGGCGAGGAGGGUGGCAACGGAGCAGAGGCAGAGCGAGAUGGAGCAGGAGGUGGUCGAGAGUGCAGCGCGCUUGAGAACGUUGCAGGAGGAGGUGGAGCGAGUGGAGGGGGAGAAGAAGCGCGCAGAGGAGAGGGUUGCCGAGAUGGAGAGGCAGGUGGGGGAGAUGGAGGAGAGCGUGCGGGCAGCGAGUGGCGAGGCGGAGGGCAAGCAGCAGGAGGUGGUGCGCUUGCAGGAGGAGCUGCGAGCAGUGCAGGAGGUGGUGGGGGCGAAGGAGAGGGAGAUGGCAGAGGCGAGGCAGAUGGCGAGUGAUCUCAAGGAAGAUCUGGGCAGGGAGAAGGAGAAGCGCGAGCAGGCUGAGGCGCAGGUUGAGGAGCUGAAGAAGGCGGGUGGCGGGCAGAGUGAGCGCGGUGGUGGGGAGGAGGUGGUACAGGAGCAGCAGGCGGUGGGCAAGGCGGAGAGGGGGCUGCGGAUGCAGUUAGAGGAGAAGGAGAAGCACGUGGCACGGCUGAAGGAGCGCAACGACAUGCUGGGUAGCGAGGUGAAGAAGCUCAAGGCGGAGAUUGCCCGCCUGGAGGGCGAGGCGGGGGACAGGGGCGGGAAGAAGGGGAAGAAGGGUGGCGGAGGAGAUGCGAAGGUGAGGGCGGAGAGGGAUGCACUGCAGAAGCGCGUGAAUGAGGCGGAGGGCGAGGUGAAGACGCUCAAGAAGCAGGUUGAGGCGAGCGAGGCAGCUUUGGCGAGGGCGGAAGCGGAGAGGGAGAGUGUGGUGGCUGCGGCUGUGAAGAAGGCGAGGGAGGAAGCAGAGCAGGCGAGGGAAGAGGCUGAGAGGCGCGUGAGCGAGGCGCAGAGCGAGGUGCAGGCGGUGAAGGUGCAGGUGACGGAGUUGGAGAGAGCUGUGGAGGAGGCAAAGGGGACGGCUGAGGAGGCGAGGAAGGAGACUGAGAGGGAGCGAGAGGCGGGUGAGCAGAGGUUGGGAGAAGUGCGGGAGGCUUUGGAAGAGGUGGAGAGAGAGAAGAAGGCAGUUGAGGAGAGGCUUGCAGAGGUGCAGGGAGAGGUGGCGAGGACAGGUGAGGUGGUGGAGGGGCUGCGAGAGGAGGUGCAGGCUGUGAGGAGGGAGAUGGAGGCGAAAGAGACAGAGUGGGGGCGAGAGCGAGAGGUUGAGAGAGAGAAGGAGAAGGAGAGGGAGGCGGAACGAGAAGCAGAGAGAAAGGAGAGGGAGAAGGAGAAGGAAGAGGAAAGACGGCGGGUGGAGGAGGAGAAGGAGGUGGGGGUGAAGCAAGAGGUAGCAAAGGUGCAAGAGGAGGCGGACGCUAAACUACGGACGAUGGAGGAGGAGAGGCAGCAGGCAGAGGCGUCAUGGCGAGCAGAGGAGUCAGAGCUGAGGGCGCAGGUGGCAGCUCUGGAGGAGAAGGCACGAGAGCUGUGUGCGGAGGUCGAGCGGGUGAGGGGCGAGCAUGCAAAGGACGUGGAGGAGCGGUGCCAGGCACAGGCAACGGUGGAGGCGAGCAGGGCCGCGCUGGAGGCAGAGGUGGCGAGGCUGCAGGAGCAGGUGGGAGCUGCUGCAACGAUGGUGGAAGCAGGCUUGCAGGCGCGUGUGGAGGCGGAGCAGGCAGUGGUGAGACAGCUGCAAGCAGAGGUGGCAGGCUUACAGGAGGCGAUUGCAGCGGUGCAGAAGGAGAGCGAGGCAGUGAAAGCUGCUGGUGCUGAAACGGGAGCAGAGAGAGACCGGUUGAUGGAGGAGCGGGUUGAACUUGAUGGGGCACUGAAGAAGCUCCAUGGAGAAGUGACAGAGUUGAAGGAAUCGGUUUUGGCUCUGGAGAGCGAGAGAGAUACAGUGAAGGCUGCACUUGCUGCAGCAGAAGAGGAGAGGGAGAGAGUGAGAGAGGAGCGGGAGAGAGUGCAGAUGGAGAAGGAUGAACUGGAAGCAGCAGUGAUGAGAGUGCAGGGCGAGGUGGAGGAAGCACGCAAGUCCAUUGCGGCACUGGAGGUGGAAUGUGGAGCUGCGAGGGACGCACAGAGAGCAGUGGCAGAGGAGAGGGACGCUGAGAAAGAGGAGAAGGGGCGACUGGAGGGCGCAGUGAAGGAGCUGGAGGGUCGGGUAGAGCAAUUGACGGGGCAGCUGCAGGAGGCAGAGGGCGGGGCGGGCAAGGCACGGGCAGAGGCGGAGGCGGAGGCAGGGCGGUGGAAGGAGGAGGCGGAGAAGGCAGAGGCAGCGGUGGCGGCGGUGCGGGAGAAGCUGCACAAGGCGGUGCGCAAGGGCAAGGCCAUGGAGGACGCAAAACUGACCGCUGAACGGACGGCAGAGGAGGAGAGGACACGGCUGCAGAAGGAGGUGCAGGCGAAGGAAGGCGAGGUGGUGGAAUGCAGGCGACGGAUAGGCGAGGUGGAGGCACUGCUGGAGGAGGAGAGGAGCCGGAGGAUGGAGGGCGAGAGGCGAGGUGCUGCGAUGGAGGGGCUUGAGGCACGGCUGAGCACAGCGGAGCGGGCGCUGGUGGCGAAGGAAGAGCAGUGUAGAGCAUGGGAGGAGGAGAGGCGAGUAGUUAGUGAGGAGUGGGCGGGCAAGCAGGCAGCGUGGGAGAGGAGGGAAGGUGAGAUUAUGAGGGAGAAGGAAUCGGUGGUGGAGCAGCUGCAGCAAGUGAGACAGAAGGCGGAGGACCUGAAUGGCGAGGUGAAGCGCAAGGAGGAGGAGUGGCAGGCGGCACAGCGUGCAUGCGAUGAGGCAGAGAAGGGAUGUGAGAAGCUGAGGGCGGAGGUUGAGGGGCUUCAGACCCAGGCAGCAGCUCUACAGGCCGCAGCGGCCGCUGCCACAGCGAGGGCUGAGGAGCUUGCAGCACAGAGUGCAGGGCAGGGGGAUGGGCAGCAUGGGGCGGCAGAGGCAGAGGUAGUGCAGCAGGCAUUGCGGGAUGCAGAGGAGCGCGUGCGGGAGAAGGAGCAGCAGGUGGAGCGGCUUGUGAGCGAGGUGCAUGCUGCUGUGGCGGCGAGGGAGGCCGCUGAGACGAGUGCCGAGGAGCUGCGAGGCAAGGUGGUGGGUGCAGAGGCCAAGGUGGUGGAGCUGGAGGGGCAGCUGCAGCAGCUGCAACACACCAAGGCAGCGCCAGCAGGCAAUGGAACAGCAGACACACUACCCAACACAGCGGAGGCGAAGGGGGGAGGUGGCAAAGCGCCGGCGGGGGCGGACGCAGGGCGGUGGAAGGAGGAGGCGGCGAAGGCGGAGGCAGCGGUGGCGGCGGUGCGGGAGAAGCUGCACAAGGCGGUGCGCAAGGGCAAAGCCAUGGAGGACGCUCGCCUGACCGCUGAACGGACGGUGGCGGCACUGCAGCAACAGCUGGAGGCGGCACAGGCCCAGGUGCAGGCGCUGCAGGGCGAGGUGCAGCAGCUGCAGGGCAGGGCAGGCACAGAGGCAGAAGAGAACGGGCGGUUGAGGGGCGAGGCGACGGCGCUUGAGAAAGAGGUGGGGGAUUUGAAGGGUGCGGUGGAGCGAGCACAGCAGGAGACGAGCAGGGUGAGGGCGGAGGCAGAGCAGCAGGUGAGUGGUGCACAGGAGGAGUUGGCCACAUGGAAGGUGCAGGUGGACGCAGCGGAGGCGGAGAGGAGGCGACUGGAGGACUUGGUGAAGGGCAUGCAGGCGGAGAAGGAGGGGGAGGGGAGCCGCGGAGAGGGGGCGAGUGCACGGGUGGGCGAGCUGGAGGCAGAGGUGGGGCGGUUGAGGGAGGAGGUGAAGAAGAAGGAGGAGGAAGGGAAGAGGCGGGAGGAGAACAUAAAGAAGAAGGCAGUGGAGAAGAUGAGGAAGGCUGAGGAGGACGCCCGGAAGAAGGUGGAGCCUGAGGUGACUGCACUCAAGGCUGAGCUGGCUGCCGCCCAGGACAGGCUGGCUCAAUCGCAGGCUGAGGUGGCGAAGGCAGUGGAUGAGCUGGAGCAGGUUCGGCACGAGUCAAGAGAACUUCGUGAGAAGCUACAGGAGGUGGAGGGGAGGGAGGCGAGUGCAUGCGGGAGAGUGGGGGUGUUGGAGGAGCGGGUGGGCGAGCUGGAGAGGGAGGCGCAGCAGCAGAGGCAGGCAGCAGAGGAGGCGAUGGCGGCAUGUGUGGCGGAGUGGCAGAGCAAGAUGGAGGAGUCAGAGCGAGGCCGGGCCAGCAGCGCGCAGCAAGUGGUUGCACUGGAGCAAGCACUGGCGCAGGAGCAGCAGCAGGCGGCGGCAGCAACGGAGCAGGCGGAGAGGUGGAGGGAGGAGAGUGAGAGGAGGGCAGUGGAGGGGCAGCGAGCGGAGGAGCGGAGAGUGGAGGCGGAGAAGGGCCUUGGUGCGGCCUCCCAGCGCGUGGAAGAGGUGGAAGGGCAGUUGCAAAAGGCAAAGUUUGCCGUGCGGCAGUGGGAGGAGGAGAGGAGGCAGGCGAGAGAGGAGGUGCAGGUGCUCCAGGGGCAGGUGGAGGCACAGCAGGCUCAACUGGUGGAGGUCACAGCCAAACUCGACGCUGCCCUCGCUGCUGCUGCUGCUGCAGCUGGAGCAGGAGGCGAAGAGAGGCCUGCAGCUGGAGCAGGAGGCGAAGAGAGGCCUGCAGCUGGACUGGUGGUUACAGGGAGCAAUGGUGGUGUGGAGAAGGCGCUGAGGGCGAGUGGAGCGACCACGGGUGCAGCACAGGUGCAGCGUGAGGAGGAGCGGCACGAGCAUGAGCAGCAGGUGGGGGCGGCAAAGGAGUUUGGGGGGGUGCAGGAGGGCAUGGGUGACAUAGAGGCGCGUGCACAGGCACUGCAGACAGAGAACGAGCAAUUGAGGACAGAGAGGGAUGCGAUCAGGACAGAGAGGGAUGAGAUUAGAGCAGAGAGGGAUGAGAUUAGGGCGGAAAGGGAUAUGUUGAUGGGUGAAAGAGAUUUUAUUGCUGGUGAAAGGGAUGUGUUAAUUGGUGAGAGGGACAUGUUACUAGGUGAAAGGGAUGUGCUGAUUGGUGAAAGGGAUGUGCUGGUUGGUGAAAGGGACGUGCUGAUGAAGGAGAGAGAUGCUUUAGCAGAGGAGAGGGAGCAGGUGUUGGUGCAGCGGGAGGGCCUGGUGGCGGAGAGGGAGGGGUUGAUGGGCGAGAUAGAGGCGCUGCUGGUGGAGAAGGGACACGCCAGUGGGGAGAGAGAGAAGCUGCUGCUGGCACUGGAGGAGCUGCGCCACUCCCUGGCUGCCUGCAGCGAGCACAGUGCCGAGACACAGAGGCGUGCAGGAGGGGGCAUGGAGGCAGGCUCAGGGGAGUCGAGGUCGGAGACAGACGACAGUCACCGGCAGAGGGAGCAGCAGCCACGAUCACAGGAGCCACCCAGGGACAACCGGGAGCGGGAGAGGGAGGGCGAGCGACCCGCGAAGCGGCCACCCCAGCCUGGCCCUGCCCACACCCCAUUCUCGCCGCCUCUCGUCUCUCGUGCAGCCCCUUCCCCCGCUGUUGCCUCUGCCUCCACGGCCUCCCCUGCUGCGCUCCCCAGCAGCAACCUGCGCCCGCUCUCAUCCUCCUCGUCCCCCUCAGCGGCGGCUGCUGGUGCAGCAUCGGCAGCAGUCCAUGUGGACAUUGAGGCGGCCACACAUGCACGGGGCGACGAUGAAGUGCAAGGAUUCACGCCCAUAGUGACUGCCUUCCGCUCUCUACCUCGGCCCCUCAACUCGGCUGCUCGCACCAUCGACCGUCUCUUGUACGCACUCCCGUCCUUGCCUCCCCCACAUGCACUUCCGUGCCUCACCUCCUCCUCCGCCGCCUGCCCCAUUCUCUACCCCCCUGCAAUGAUAUUGCGUCACCUCCACUUCCCCAUUCCCAUCCCACUGCCCUGUCACCUGUAUUCUACUCACUCCCCUUCAGCACCCGCUCAUCCCAUUCUAUCCAGCAUCCAUACCCCACGUCCACUUGCCUGA